AUGCGCUUGAUCAAAAACAAGAUUGAGCAUGGUGGCUCGGGUGAAGUUACAUUAUGUCCCGAAGAGCCCGAGGAUAUGUGGCACGCAUACAACCUGAUCCGUCCAGGUGAUUUGCUUCGCGCCAGCGCCAUCCGACGAGUGACCACAGUCCAAGAUACGGGCUCGACAUCAUCUGCCCGGGUACAUUUGAAUUUGGUGAUCAAGGUGAAAAACCUCGACUUUGACCCGCAAAGCUCGCAACUGCACGUUUCCGGUCAGAUCGUGAACGAGACCGCGCAUACCAAGAUCGGACAAUUCCACACGCUGGACCUGGAAUUGAAUCGCAACUUCACCCUCGAGAAAGAAGUGGGUGCGGACGGUGAGGGAGUGGGGUGGGAUAGUGUGGCAGUCGAACAGCUCAAAGAUGCGGUCGACGAGGGUGGAAAACGACGCGCGGAGGCGGUCGCUGUUGUGAUGCAGGAAGGGUUGGCACAUAUCUGCUUCAUCGGACAGUUCCAAACGAUAAUGAAGCAAAAAGUGGAAAUGUCAGUGCCUCGUAAGAGGCAGGGAGGUGGUGACCAUGACAAGGUAAGAAUCUACAUCGCCCUCUUUUUGUCCCCGAGGCUGUCGAUUGCUGACUCUGCUGGCCUCGAGGGAAUGAACAAAUUCUACCGCGUCACACUCGAGACGCUUUUACGCCAGAUGGACUUUAACACGAGCAUUACAUCCGGCACAAACACAGACGAUAUUCGACCCGUCUUACUUGCUUCUCCCGGCUUCGUGGCCGCGGGCUUCCAUAAGUAUAUCCAGUCCGAAGCAGCCACCACGACACCGGGAUUGAAGCGGCUGCUCCCCAGCAUUGUCGUUGUGCACUCUGCAUCGGGCUAUCUCAACUCGCUCUCCGAAGUUCUCCAGUCUCCCGCUGUCAAGACGCUUCUCGCAGACACCAAAUAUGCCCGCGAGACCAAACUCAUGGAUGACUUCUUGGAUCAACUGCGCAAGGAGACAAACAAAGCGACGUACGGGCCGCGCGAGGUUGAAUCGGCCGUUGAGCAGGGAGCCGUGGGUCGUGGUGGGGGUGUUCUCAUCAUGUCGAACAAGUUAUUCCGAUCGCAAGACGUUGCUGAGCGAAAGCGAUGGGUCUCGUUAGUCGACCGUGUGCGAGACGUCGAAGGCGGCGAGGUUCGCGUGCUGAGCUCCGACCACGAGAGUGGCAGGCGACUCGAGGGACUCGGAGGUAUCGCCGCACUUCUGACUUUUCCGAUCAUCGAGGAGGACAUGGACUCGGAACCCGAGGAGGCGGGCGCUGAGUGA